AACUUAAAAGCGACUAUAAGUCUAUCAGUAAUCGCAAUGGACGCCGGAGUAGUUGGAGAAGGAAGAGUUGGAAAUGGUUUGAAAAGAUGGAAGCUAUUUACGGCCAUAGACCGGCGAGCAAAGGGAAGGUCGACCUCGAAUCCCUGAAUCAGAAUCAGGAUCAGCUUUAUUGGCAAAAAGACGUUUUGAUAAGCAAGGAGGACCCUGAUGAUACCCCAUUGGUACCAGCAGCAAUGACAACCUCUGACUCCAAUACUACACCUCAGAAGGAGAGGAAUUUACAGUUGGCCUUCAAUGAUGCAGUGCGAGCAAGGGAGAUGGAAGCGGCCUUGAGGAGGGAGCAGAAUGCUCAAACUGCAGCCUUCCAUCAGGCCUGCCUUGGUACACUGAGACAGCUUAUGCAGGUGUUGAGUGGCCCGCGUGACAUGGUUCCUCCGGAACCAGUAUCGGCACCGACACAGGCAACCUCCAGCACAACACCGCAGCAUGUGUUCACAGGCAGGAGGGAACAGCCUCUGGGGGAGGAGCGUCUGGCUGUCCUGAGGGAGAUGCUGGAGGCAGACGAGGAGCAGCAGGAGAGGAGCUUACAGUUGGCCUUCGAUGAUGCGGUGCGAGCGAGGGAGAUGGAAGCAGCCUUGAGGAGGGAGCAGAAUGCUGAAACUGCAGCCUUCCAUCAAUCCUGCCUUGGUACACUGAGACAGCUGGUGCAGGUGUUGAGUGACCGGCGUGACCGGUUCCUCCACCCCUGGACUAGACCCAGUUCCUCCACCCCUGGUAUAGACUCCUUAUGUAUAUAGUUAUAUACAGUAUAUAUAUAGUUUGUACUUUGCACUCCUUUUUUACUUGCAUUGCUCUACAUUUAACAUUUAUAUAACAUUUAACUUAUGUACAUAGUUUUCUGU